CUUGAGUCCACUGUCAGCUUCAUCAUCACCCUCAAUUUGCGCUCGCUCUUCAUACGGCAUAGUUUGUGUACGGUAUGAGGGCGGCGCUUCGCGCUCCGCUGCGGGCAUCCGAUUUUGACCCUGCGUCGAUGCUCCGAUUUAGCUCUGCUUCUUGGAUUCACCCUUUCCAGCGCACAUCAAUCCCCUCGUCUCUACGCAGAUCGGUUCCCAGCUCAGCGCAAGUCUCUCGCAAUGCCCGUCAACUACUCUCGCGAACACCAUCGGUAUUGUUAAUACCACAUGCUUCCUACACAACGAGGACCUCCGCUCGGCUUGGACCGGAGAAGGUAAAUGGUAAUGGCGGAAAGCAAUCGGGGUCGGGAUGGUCACGGAAGAAAACUAUCACGUAUGCAGUGAUUGGAGGAACUAUAAUCAUCGGGGCGGCGUCGUUGUCAAACAAUCAACAUCUCUAUCACGCUGCGGUGAGAACAGGGAGGGUCGUUGGCACAUUGGCUGUGUGCAUCAAUGACUAUCGAAUGACCCUCAAUCAAGAAACUGCCUCUCCGGAAGAACGAAACGAAGCUCUCCGAGCAUGUCACAAACGCUGCGCGGAGCGGACCCUACGGGUUCUCGAAAAGAAUGGCUCCAUCUUUAUUAAAUUAGGGCAACAUCUUAGUAGUAUGGGUUAUUUGCUGCCAUUGGAAUGGACGACGACCUUCAUCCCGCUUCAAGAUAAAUGCCCUGUUUCUUCGAUCAAGUCAAUUGAGGAAAUGUUCAUCGCCGACACCGGCCAUCGAAUCGACGAACUCUUCUCAAAUUUCGAUCCAGAACCCAUCGGUGCCGCCUCUCUUGCCCAGGUUCACAUCGGUGUUCUGAAAGAAACGGGUCAGAAGGUUGCGGUCAAAGUGCAGCAUCCAUCAUUGGCAGAAUGGGUUCCAUUAGAUCUCUCAUUGACUAGAUUCACCUUUUCCACACUGAAGCGCUUCUUCCCUGAAUACGACUUGGAGUGGCUUUCUAAGGAAAUGGACCUGUCUUUGCCACAGGAGUUGGAUUUCCGGAUGGAAGCGGACAAUGCUAGGAGGGCUAGCGAGUACUUCAAGGAGCACUCGGAUGCACCGCUUGUCAUCCCAGACGUCAUGUGGGCUCAGAAGCGCAUACUCGUCAUGGAGUUCAUUUCCGGUCGCCGGCCUGAUGAUCUGGAAUUCCUGGACACCAACAACAUCGACCGUGACGAAGUCUCUGCUGCCUUGGCGCAUGUCUUCAACGAGAUGAUUUUUGGGGACAAUGCUCCUUUGCACUGCGAUCCUCAUGGUGGCAAUAUCGCUAUUCGCAAAAACCCUCGCCGGCGCCGUCACAACUUCGAUAUCAUCCUCUACGACCACGGAUUAUACCGCGAUAUUCCCCGCGAUCUGCGUCGUAACUACGCCAAACUGUGGUUGGCUGUCAUUGAAGCCGACGAGCCGCAUAUGCGCGAGUAUUCCCGCAAGGUGGCGGGCAUCACGGAUGAGCAAUUCCCUCUUUUUGCCAGUGCGAUCACUGGUAGAGACUACACCAAGUUGGCAAAGAAGAAUAUAGCCACCGCACGCACAUCUGCAGAGAAGGAGAGCAUGUCCGGUGCUCUUGGAGAGGGCAUGUUGCAGCAGCUAGUCGAACUGUUGGGCCAGGUACCCAGAAUUAUACUACUGAUUUUGAAGACGAAUGAUCUCACCCGCAGUCUCGAUGAGAACCUCCACACUAGACAAGGCCCCGUCCGCACAUUCCUGAUCCUCGCCCGCUACGCCACCCGCACCGUCUUCGAAGAACAGAUGGAUAUCAUCCACGAAACGGGCGGUCUUCUCCAUCCCUUCAAUUUCCUUCGCUUUCUCGCCGCCUGGACCGGAUUCCUCCGUGUCGAGCUCAAAUUAUCCGUAUACGAGACAUUGCUUUCUCUGAAGAGCCGACUAGGACUGCUCUGACCGACCCGCCUCAAGCGUCUCUUCUAGACAUGUUUCUAGAAAUAGCAUCCUGUAUAUCUUUAUUUCAAAGCCUCUAUUCCCUUAUCUUCUCUUCUUUUGGAACCCUUACCUAUUUCUUUAACGUUCGAUAGAUGGGCACGGGUUGGCUUAUCUAUGCAUCUGCGGCGUUUUUCUCUUAACUGUGAUUUUGGAGUCCAUAGGCUAAUGGAUGUCUCCUUUUUCUCUUUUCUCUUUUGGUUUCUUUCGUUAAGAGGACGAAAAGUUCCUGUUUUUGUUUUCCAAUAUAUGUACAUGAUCGUUAUAGAACCAACCAAAAGAGGAUGGAUGAAAAUAGGUCGUGAUUGAAGACAGCAACAGACUAGAGGACAAAUAUGACGACAUCCUCAAAAGACCAUGUAUCUACUGUUGGCUCAUCUCACUUCAGCCGAUAUAUACGAAUAAAAGAUUGAAUCAAUGAGUAGUAUAUAGUAGUCCGAAU